UUCAAACCACACCACCCACCUGCAGCAAAGAUCCCAAGCAUUGCACAAGACACGCAAGCAAUCCAGUAAACGGACGCGCGCGCUCACGUACAGAUGCCACGUCAUAUCUCCAGGUCGCCGCUAAAUCCAAAACCUGCCGUGCCUCCCGUCGAAUUUCUUAUUUCCUGUCCAUGAAAUUGUCGUACGACGGUUGACCUAAUAUAUUUGUUCCCAUACAAAGCUCCAAUACAUACGCACUGACACGCAAGUGAGAAACACGGAUGGGUAAUUCUUUUGGGUGUUCUGCAACCGGUGAGAGGCUGGUAUCGGCCGCUCGAGACGGCGAUUUGAUCGAGGCCAAAAUGCUAUUGGAUUGCAAUCCAUGCCUGGCCAAGUACUCCACCUUCGGUGGCCUCAAUUCCCCCCUCCAUUUUGCUGCCGCCAAGGGCCACAACGAGAUUGUGGCGUUGUUGCUUGAGAAUGGAGCAGAUGCGAAUUCGAGGAAUUACUGUGGUCAGACGGCGUUGAUGCAAGCUUGUAGAUACGGGCACUGGGAAGUUGUGCAGACUCUUCUUCUUUAUAGAUGCAAUGUUACAAGGGCAGAUUAUCUCAGUGGAAGGACAGCCCUCCACUUUGCAGCCGUCAGUGGUCAUGCAAGAUGUAUAAGACUUGUAGUGGCUGACUUUGUUCAAAGUGCUCCUAAUGAAGCUCUACAUGCAGAGACAGAUGGUGAUCGAAGUGAUGGCACAUAUGUAAAGAAUAAGUACGACCAAAGUGCUCUGUCUAAGUUUGUAAAUAAGGCAGCUGAUGGUGGUAUCACUGCUCUUCACAUGGCUUCAUUGAAUGGGUAUUUUGAUUGCAUACAGCUCCUUCUUGACCUUCAUGCCAAUGUUUCGGCUGUAACAUCUCAUUAUGGAACGUCCUUGGAUUUGAUAGGAGCUGGAAGCACUCCAUUGCACUAUGCUGCUUCUGGGGGAAAUUUGAAAUGUUGUCAGAUUCUCCUUGCAAGAGGCGCCAGUAGGAUAUCCUUGAAUUGCAACGGGUGGCUUCCUGUUGAUGUUGCCAGGAUGUGGGGGCGCCACUGGCUUGAACCACUGCUAGCACCCAAUUCCAACUCGAUAUUGCCGGCAUUCCCUUCUUCAAAUUACCUAUCCUUGCCUCUCUUGAGUGUACUUAACAUAGCAAGAGAGUGUGGAUUAAAGUCCUCAACAACCUCUGAUGAUGAUGCUGAUGUCUGUGCUGUCUGCUUGGAGAGAGCAUGUUCUUUGGCUGCUGAAGGAUGUGGGCAUGAGCUUUGUGUAAAAUGCGCUCUCUAUCUUUGCUUAACGUGCAACAUUCCUUCUGAAUUAGUGGGACCGCCUGGCUCCAUUCCCUGCCCUCUCUGUAGAUAUGGAAUCAUCUCUUUCGUCAAAUUGCCUGUUUCCCCAGCGAAAGAAAAUAAACUACAAACAUCCCUUGGCCUCUGUACCCCAUGCAUGCUUCACCAUCGUGAUCCUGACUGUCAAUCUCCAGUUCAUACACCAGAGAUCCGAAAGAAUCGUGUGGCUUCAGUUUCUUCGGAUCUGUUAUGUCCAGUUACUUGUAGCCCGUUUCCUUCUGUUACAAUUCCUUUAUGUACCUGCAAUGAUGGUCCAUGCCCAUCGUUUGAACCUCGAGAGGUGGAAACACAAGAUGAGUCACACCAUCGUGUACAAGCAAUUUCAAUGGACAAUGAUAAGAUGGAAAGGCCAAGACUGGAGAGAACCAGUUGUUCAAGCCUGUUUUGGGGCAGAAGAAGCUGCAGCAGAGAGCAUCAGUGCAACUCUGAAAUAAAUGCUUGACUAGUUCGGUUCGUGGAUGUCCAUUCUUCUCUUCCCACGGAUAGCAUUUUGUGUUGACAGCAGUGCAGUCCGAGGUCGUCUUAGCUCACCUAUCACGAAACUGACUAUUCAUGAACCAUGUGCAUCUGGUAUUUAUUCAGCUGGCUACAUGGCAACAGGUGGAUCACGCAUCGUUGCAUUUUGACAACAUCCUGGAUUGCUUUUUGAGAUGAUUUGAGUUGUUAACUUUGAGAAUCUCUUAAAGCUUAGAGUUUGAAGAAUGAGAGAGACUUAGUUUGAGUUAUACAAUAUUUGUUGAACAUUUAAAUCAUGUCUAGAAGAUCAUGCACACAGGCAGCAAUAUUGUAGCGCCCACAUACUGUAAAUUUUUCUCCAAUUUUAGGUCUAGAGGAUCGUAAUACGCAUGUUUUGUAUGUUUGGAUUGUAAUCGAGUGCAAUUGAAUGUCAGGAAGAACAAUUAGUUUCUUUCCAUAA